GAACAGCUGGAGCUGAGGGGGGCAGGAGAAGGUGACAGACAGCUCCAGGCCGGCAGACAGCUAGGCUGAGUUAGCAAACACUGAGGAAACAGGAGACCCUCAAGGCGGGCAGGGGCAGGAGAGACACGGGCGUAGGAAGGGAGAGCAGUUGCAUCAGGUGUGCUCUGACUGGGGUGCAGAUCUCAUCCUCCCAGACAGCUGAACCCCGGUCCUGCCAUGGGCCCCUCCAGAGCCGUCCUCUGCACCCUCUUCCUCUCUGGGGCACUGGGUCUCACCACUUCCCCAGCCCGGGGGCGGCUCCGGUGUUAUACGUGCAGCUUUGCCAAGCCCUGCUACCCCGUCCUCACAGAGUGCCAGGAAGACGAGGCGUGUGGCAUCAGCGUUGGCACCUCAGACCAGGAGGAGGAGGAGGAUGUCAUCGAGCGGAAAGGCUGCCUCCCCAGGGCCCAGUGCCCUCUGCUGGGCCACGCCACCUACUGGUCACAGUCCUACGCUCUCCGACACCAGUGUUGUGAGCAGGACCUCUGCAACACUGCCCCCUCAGGGCGGCUCCCAAGCCUUCCCCUCACCACCCUGUUGCUCCUUGCCUGGGGAGCAUCUUUCUCUAGCCUGUGAACCCACGGCCGUCAACCCAGGACUCCGGAUGUCAUCGUGGACCUGGAAACACGUGCUCGGAUGUCUCUGGGGCAUGCUCAAGAAUGUGUAUACACACACACACACACACACACACACACACACACACACACCCUGGCCCCUGAGGGUUUUUACACCAACACCUCUACAGACCCCUCCUGAGACCCGAUUCCUACAACUGGAGUUCCGAUCCCAGCGUGCAUGUGUCCAGAGCCUCAUAAGUAGAAACCCCUGCUGUCUUUUCUCUAAGUGUCCCAGGUCAGCUACCCUCAAGGAUCUGUGGGUCCCAGGCAAAGGGCCAGACGUGGAAACUGGGAUUGGCGAGGCGUAGACUUCUGCUGGAAAAGAUGUCACGUGGCACCCGAGGGUCUCAGGAGCGGAAGGCUGCCUUGGGGAACCGUAAAGAGGUACAUCUAAUAAAAGGGCUAUUGUGGUGGAGAAACGGCUCAGGGACAGAGUGCUUGCCUAGCGCACACACCCCCAUGUCACCAAAAUAAAUAAAGACAAAAUAAGUAGUAUGUAA